UUCUUGUGAAAAGAGUCCAAAAAAUUCACUUCAUCUAGGGUUUAACAUUUAUUUGAGACGGGACUGAACAAACAACAUGUCUUACGUACCUUCUUUCCCUUGUUCCAUCUCCAUUCUUUUCAUUUCCUCUAUAUAAGAACACUAGAGUUGAUCAUCUAUAGACUAUAGUCCAUAUACCAUAAAAAUGGCAAAUAUUAAAGAAAAGAAUGGAGAUGGAACCAAGCUCCACGUAGCAAUGUUUCCAUGGUUAGCCUUUGGCCAUUUGGUUCCACAUUUGGAGCUCUCUAUACUCAUGGUUCAAAAGGGUCACAACGUAUCUUUCAUUUCCACUCCUGGUAACAUCGACCGUCUCCUCCCACGGUUGCCCGAGAAUCUCUCCUCGGCCAUUAAUUUCGUCAAGCUCCCAUUUGCCGGCCACAAAAAACUCCCAGUGGACGCCGAAGCCACUACAGACGUACCUUUCGAUCUCGUUCCUUAUUUGAAAAUCGCUUUCGACGGAUUACGAGUUCCGUUAACGGAGUUUCUUGAAUCUUUGAAACCUGAUUGGCUUCUCCAAGAUUUUGCACCUUAUUGGCUUCCUCCAAUAGCUCGCCGCCUUGGAAUUAAAAACGCAUAUUUCGGCGCUUUUAACUGCGGGAUUUUCGGAAUUCUUAAACCACCAGGGUUCGAGGAGUACCGUAAAUCCCCUGAGGAUUUUGUGACGAAGCCUAAAUGGGUUCCAUUCGAAACUCCGGUGUUUUUCCAGUUAUUCGAAAGCAAGGCCAUUUUCAAUGGAGCAGUGGUGGAAUCCACCGAAGGGAAUAUCCCCGACCUUGACCGUAUCGCCGGCGUACUCGACGGGUGUGAUAUUAUUGUCAUACGGAGCUGCAACGAGUACGAAACAGAAUGGUUGGAACUUUUACAAGAUCUUCAUCGUAAACCAGUUAUCCCUGUUGGAGUUUUACCUCCAAAACUGGAUGAAACGUUUAAAGAUACCGACGCAUGGUUGUCUACUAAAAAGUGGUUAGACUCACGAAAAACUAACUCCGUGGUUUACGUAAGUUUCGGUACAGAAGCUAAACCGAGUCAAUCCGAGUUUAAUUCGAUAGCUCUUGGUUUAGAGCUUUCCGGUUUACCUUUUUUUUGGGCGUUAAGGACUCGGCGCGGUCCGUGGGAUUCCGAACCGCUUGAGCUUCCUGAAGGGUUUGAAGAGCGUACGGCUGAUAGAGGGAUGGUGUGGAGAGGUUGGGUUGAACAACUGAGAACAUUGAACCACGAUUCUAUCGGGUUGGUAUUGUCCCAUUCCGGUUGGAAUACAUUAAUCGAAGCUGUACGGUUUGCUAAACCUAUGGUGAUGAUAGGUUUUGUAUACGGCCAAGGAUUCAAUGCGAGAGUAGCCGAGGAAAAGAAAAUUGGACAUAUGAUCCUUCGGGAAGAAACAACAGGUUCCUUUACUAAAGAAGAUGUUGCUCAAGCGCUGAGAUUGGUAAUGGAGGGAGAAGAAGGAAAGGUUUAUAGAGAGAGUGUGAAGGACAUGAAGGGAGUGUUUGGAGAUAUGGAAACACAAGAUCGUUAUGUUGAUUCUUUCUUGGAUUAUCUUGUUACUCAUCGUUAGCAUUGAUCUGCAUGUGUUUGAUCCAAUGACGGGUCAAUAUUGAGUGUUAAAAUUGAUCAAGUGUAUACGAUAGUUAAAAUUGAUCUAAGUGUUGUAACGAUGAUCAGUGAAUAAUAUGUUGUUUUGAAAUGGUCAAGGUCUAUA